GGGGUCACAAAUGUAGCUAUGACGGGCAGCUAAUUGGUCUUCUCGGGCAAUACAAGGUGCAAAAAGAGGAAGAGAUUGUGACGGGUCACAUCUGGUCCAUGCCUAAAUACACAAGUAGCAAACAAGGCGAGCUGAAAGAAAGACUGAAGCAUUCUUAUAACUCCCUGAAGAAAGAGCUGAGGAAAGUAUUCGAGGAAACAAAACCGGAGCACGAGAGUCUCAGCGAAGAAGAAAAGAACGUCAUGUAUGAGAAAAAGGCUUCAGCUUGGUAUCAUGUCACUUACCAUCCCGAGUGGGUGAAGAAGUCUACAGAGCUGCAAGAACCUGGCGAGUCGUCUGGUCAUGCGGUGAUGCUGAGCUUUGCUUGGAUUGCAGCUGAUUAUCUUGCGAGAAUUAAAGUCCGGUCAGGGGAAAUGGGAAUGAAAAUGGACUCGGCCAAACCUGUUGAUGCUUUGGCUAAGUAUCUUUCUCAACGUCUCUAAAA